UAUAAACACUAGGGUUCUUUCUUGAUUUGUUUAGUUCUGCAAGAUAAAUUUAAAAUAACAGCGACGAAAUCAAAAGAGGACAAAAUUGUUGAUUGUUUCUACGAAUAUCGAACGUUGUCCUCGAAGAUCUUAGUCAAUCAUAAUCAUGCUUUUGAGAAUGUUCAAAUGAGACAAAAUAAUUGUGAGUCACAAUAAACAGAAAAAUCGAGAAAUACAGAAAAUCGAUUGAGUGAGAAUUAUGCUUGCCUGUGUUCGACUGUUGUUCCUCUUAUGGCUGUAUGCCUCCAUUUGCUGUGUACAAACAACAUCUCCCGCCCAGUUCAUGGACGACAUCAGUGGGUACAGAAGUGCAUGCAAAACAAUAGGAUGGGAGCCAAAGAAAGAUUGUACUGCUUAUAAUGUUAUUGCUUUCCAUGCAAAUCUGAAAUCUCACCUCUACAACAUUUCCCCAAAUACAACGAUGAAAUUUGAAAAUGUUCAGUUAAAUAAAGGCAAUGGCUAUGACCCCGCAACAGGUAUGUUCACAGCACCAGAGGACGGAGUAUACUCGUUCACCUGGUCUUUUUUGACAAAAAAAGGAGGUACAGUGUACAUUGCUGCUGUCGUGGACAAUGUUGAUCACGUGCAUACUUGCAUUAACACUCAACAAAGUGCCCACAUCAAUACGUCAGGUCACCUCAUUUACGAGCUGAAAAGGGGCAGUAACGUAUGGAUACGGACCUGGCAUAUGCCGGCAGCAUUUAUUCACGGUGGUUACUAUACGUAUUUUUCUGGGAGCAAAAUAAAUUCGAUUUGAUGUUAAAACGCUUAUUCUAGCUUCUUGUCAUAGAUUAAUUUAAUAACUUUGGAAAUAAAAAUUGCACGACAAAGAUGAAUAAAUCGAUACAUGAACGUCUGUUAAGUGUUGCUUGUAGAAACCAAAAGUACAUGUUUGUAUAAUUUGUUACACAGAAUGAAACAAUAACUGUGAAACUGUGUUUCUUGUGUUAUUUA